AUGCAGCAAGACGACCAACAAUCUCCUGGAUAUGACUAUGAGCCACCAGGCGUGGACCAUAGAGCCCUCCCUGUUUCAGUUCAACUUACCAAUUAUGAAGAAUAUUUCCUUCGCGGAGUGUUUGGUCAAGGCGGUUCCAGCGUUGUAUUCCGCGUCAGGGAUCGGAAUGGUCACCAAUACGCGGCAAAAGUGCUAACAGAAAAAGCUAGUCGUCAUUCAAUUCAACGCGAGCUGGAGACAUAUCAGAGAAUUGCUCAAAACCCCCACAUCAACUUGCUAACGUUGCAUUUGUCAGAAAAAUUGUUGAAUCCGUCGCCAGGUUAUAGAGAUGACGUUUUUAUCACUGAAGCAUGUGGACCGUCCAUCAAAGAUAUUAUGAUGAGAGCUAAAAGAGAUAUUGGUAAUGUCCAAUCGCCUACGUUCUCAAUCAACGCUAUUAAAAGUAUUGGUCGACAAGUUGGAGAGGCAUUGUUCCACUUGGAAAAGCUCAAAAUCUAUCAUUUGGACAUCAAAUCUGCCAACGUUACAUUUAUGAGCACCGUCAAAUACGAUGUGGAUACGAACUUGGCUCAACCGAGCAUCACAAUGAAUGAUCUUCAAAUUAAAUUAAUUGAUUAUGGAAAUUCUUUGCCCCAUUCGACACCUGGAAUCCCAGAAAUCUAUAAGCUGGUCCAACCACAAAACUUGCGUGCACCAGAAAUUUUUAUGGGAAUUCCUCACAGCGAAAAGACUGAUGUCUGGUCCAUGGGAUACCUGAUGGGCCAAAUGUAUCUCGGAAAAUCAAUUUUUAUGUCUAGAACCGGCGCAACUCAGAUCGAAAUACAACAAUCGCAAUUUGAGUUGAUUGUUAAUAGAAUGAAUGCAACCAUUCCAGAGGAAAUGAUUGAGGUGUCCAGACAAGGAAGAAAAUGCACCCUUGAUCUCAACUUCCUCACUAACCGUGACGGAAACAACCACCAGGAUUUUUCGUUAAAUUUGAUGCGUGACAUGAGCGAUUUUCCACUAUUCGAAUUUUUGCUAUUCGUCCUCGUUUUCAAUCCUGUCGAGAGACCAUCCUUCGAGGAACUCCUCAAUCACAAGUUUCUCGCCAACUGCUAG